UCACUGCCCCUCGCGAUGAAGGCCUCCGUUGUCUGUCUGCUGCUCGUGCUGGGUGUCGCCGCUGAGGCCCUGCACAGAGUUCCCCUGCGAAAGAUUCAUCCGCGGAAACAUACUCUUGAGGAUCUGCGCCGCACUCACGCCUUCGUCAGCCAACGCUAUUCAGCACGGUUUGAUCAUGUGGACCUCGACAACUAUAUGGAUGCUCAGUAUUAUGGUCCCAUCUACAUCGGAACACCUGGCCAGUACUUCAAGGUGAUCUUUGACACGGGUUCUUCCAAUCUAUGGAUCCCAUCAGAACAAUGCUCCAUUCUCAACCUGGCCUGUCAACUCCACAACCGUUAUGACUCCUCGUUGUCAUCCACCUACACACCCAAUGGAACUGACUUCGAUAUCCAAUACGGCUCCGGGGCCAUGCACGGCUUUCUCUCCAGCGACCAUGUGUCUCUUGGCGGCUUGGUGGCUGAGAAGCAGACCUUUGCCGAGGCCACAGAGGAGCCUGGCCUGGCCUUCGUCGCUGGCAAAUUCGACGGUAUCCUUGGCAUGGCCUUCUCUAAGAUCUCUGUGAUGGGCAUCCCCACUGUGUUCGACACCUUGGUUGCUCAGGGACAGGUGGAUCAGCCUGUCUUCUCCUUCUAUCUCAAUCACGAUCAGGAAGGCAGCUUAGGCGGGGAGUUGGUGCUGGGCGGUUCUGACUCCAACCAUUACGAGGGAGAGUUCCACUACGUGCCUGUAUCUCGUAUUGGCUACUGGCAAGCUACAGCAGAAGCCAUCAAGAUCGGAGGCGUAGCUAAACCUUUCUGCAACCCUUGCGAGACCAUUGUUGACACGGGAACUUCGCUGAUCGCGGGACCGGCUGCCGACGUUAAGGACAUCAUGCAGGACUACGGCGCCUUCCCACUGAUCGCCGGGGAAUACGUCAUCCCAUGCGGCAAGGUGGCGGACAUGCCUGUCACUUCCUUCACGCUCAACGGGAAAGACUUCGACAUGACAGGACCCGAGUUGGUCAUUGAGAGCACAGACCAGACGGGCACCACGGUGUGUAUCGUGGGCAUCCUCGGCUUGCAGAUGGGUUCUAUUGAAGCAUGGAUUCUGGGAGAUCCCUUCAUCGCUCGCUACUACACCGAGUUCGACGUUGGCCAAACUCGCAUGGGAUUUGCCUUGUCUAAGUAGAGAAAUUGUUGCCUUGUAUAUUUACUAUUCUCUUAGAGCAAGAAUUUUGAAUGUGUGGUGUGUGGGAAGUCUCAGUCUUACCUAUAGAUUGGACUGUAUGGACAAAAUCUCUGGAAGGCUACAGUGGGAUACACCAUCAUAGGUGUAGUCCCACAGCGCCAUAUUCUGUAACCAUUCAGCGUGACAAUAAAGCUUGAUCCAAAGCACAUGAAAAUA